AUGGAAAAGGAGAGACUAGGGUGGAAGAAAUCCUGAAGCUGGAUUGAUUGAUCUGGCGGCAAAUCCCGGAUGGCGAAAUGACAUCAAUUGAUAUUUAACUAUCCCGGUGGAUUCCAGGGUAGAAUGCAUUGUUUAUUAUGGUUUAUUACUGUGUAUUUCCUUGUUCUAUCUCUAUCCCUUUCUUUCUUCUUUAUUAAUACAUCUUUCGCAUUUAUAGACAAAGGGUUUAUUAUGCCAGUCUCCGCGUCCAAACAGGUAAUGGUGGCGGGCCAAGCGCAAGGGACUAGAACAAUCCAGCAGAUAGAUUAUAAGAUGCCACUAAUAUAGUAUCAUAGAAGCUGAAUGAACUCGAACCAGAUA